UCUCCUCCUCAGGAACAAGGAGCACCCUCGCAUCCCACUCCAAGAUGUCCUGCUACGACCUGUGCCCCCCGAAGAGCAGCGCGGACCUGUGCCCGCCCAGGACCAGCGUGGCUGUGCCCCAGCCCAUCGCUGAGAGCUGCAACGAGCUGUGCGCCCGCCAGUGCCCCGACUCCUCUGCCUUCAUCCAGCCACCACCCGUGGUGGUCACCUUCCCCGGCCCCAUCCUCAGCUCCUUCCCCCAGCAGGCCGUGGUGGGCUCCUCCGGAGCACCGGCCUUUGGCGGCUCCCUGGGGCUGGGCGGCCUCUACGGCGCCGGCGCCACCCAGGCCUCGGGGGGCCUCUGCACCUUUGACAGAGCCUACGCUGCUCCCGCCUGCAGCCCUUGCGCCUGGCCCCGCUACAGCAAGAAGCUCUGGAACCCCUGCGGGCCCUGCUAGAGCCACCAGCAACAGCCCCAAAGGCCCUUGGCCGCCUCAGCCCAGCAUGGAGAGGCUGAGCUCUGCACAAGCUGCCCUGGCCUCCUGCAGCCCGUGACCCCCGGCCUGCCUGGGGCCUGCCCACCGUCCCUCUCCCUGCCUCUCCUGCCCUUCUUGGUUCAAUAAAAUUUUCCUGCAUCCAA